GCGGCCAUGUUGGAUCAGUGUGUUAAUAUAGCUCCCCCUGGAGGACAAACUAACUCACACUGAUCCCCAGUCACCAGAAUGAAGAGUUUAAGAAAAAGAAAUCAGGAAAAGGUUUCUCUUUGUUUCACUAAAUAAUUACAGUGAUUGUUGUCGUUACCACAGGGUCAAGGGUCAAGGUCAAAACCCCUGUGAUCUCCAUUAAAACGCCACCUGGAAGGCCUUGAGGCUGGACCUUGAAAAGUGCCCCAGUGUGUGCACAGGCGUGUGAAGCCUGGCUCAUUUGCAUAGAUACCAUCCUGACUUCCGGCCUGUUUUUUCUUCUCUGUCUGUUUAAAGCGAGUGAACUUUUACUUCCUCGUACAGAGGGAGAAGGAGGAACUGACCGCUCUGUGGCUGCAAACCUCCACAUCCUGCAGCUCCCGCCUCACAGCAGCUGCAGUGGCGGGCCCAAACAUGAGCAGAUAGAACCGUCCAGAAGCUCUGGGAACGGAAACGUCUUCAGGUGUUAGAGAGUCUGUGGAACCUCGGUGUGAAUCCUGCUGGAGUUUCUCCCCCGCUGCACCAAUGUCUCGUUCGGGGUCUCAGCAGGGCGAGAUGAACGAGUACCAGAAGAUCCUGGUCAAACGGGACCUGGAGAUGGGCGUGGUCAUGACCGUCUUCAGGCAGAAGGCCGAGCGUCUGACCGUCCAGGUCAUCAUGGAGACAUGGCAGGUGGCCUGGACUCGAACCGCUAACAAAACGGACGGCGUCUUGGACCUGUUUGAGAUCAGAGAGGUCCGUCCAGGUCGAAACUCCAAAGACUUUGACCGUUUCAGAGACGGGAAGGACAAACACAGCGACAGCUGCUGCUUCACCAUCUUCUACGGCUCCAACUUUGUCCUCAACACCCUCAGUCUGGGAGCUGAUUCUCCAGAGGAGGCUCAGAAAUGGCUGCUGGGCCUGGAGCUGCUGCGACAGGAGGCCGUGACGUCGCCCACGCCCCUGGUGAUAGAGAGCUGGCUGAGGAAACAGAUGUACUCUGUCAAUCAGCAUCGAACCAACAGGAUCUCCAUGAAGGAGCUCAAGGCUUUGCUCCCUUUAAUCAACUACAAGGCACCAAGUACUCGAGCCCUCAAAGACAAGUUCCUGGAAGUGGGAGCGAAGAAAGAUCACCUGGACUUUGAGCAGUUUCAUAAAUUGUACAACCUAAUAAUGUUUGAACAGAAUGAAAUCCUGGAUGAGUUCAAGAAGGAGUCCUGUGCUUUUAUUCUGGGUAACACAGACAAACCUGACGCCUCAGUGGUUCUGCUCCACGACUUCCAGCGAUUCCUGCUCUACCAACAGAAGGAGUCCUGGGCCACUGAUCUGAAACAGGUCAGAGAACUGAUGACCACCUUCAUCGACGACACCAUGAGAAAAACCAACGACCCUGAGUUCACAAUCAGUGAAUUCCUGAGUUUCCUGUUUUCUAAAGAGAACUCUGUUUGGGACAAGAAGUUCUCAGAGAUCAGGAACCUGGACAUGAACAACCCUCUGUCCCACUACUGGAUCAGUUCUUCCCACAACACAUAUCUGACCGGGGAUCAGCUGCGCAGUGAGUCGUCCACGGAGGCGUACGUGCGCUGUCUGCGUCUGGGAUGUCGCUGUGUGGAACUGGACUGCUGGGAAGGACCAGGGGAACCCAUUAUCUACCACGGCUGGACCAGAACCACAAAGAUCAAGUUUGAAGAUGUGGUCAAGGCCAUUAAUGACCACGCGUUUGUGGCUUCAGAGUACCCGCUGAUCCUGUCCAUCGAGGAACACUGCCCCCUGGAGCAGCAGCGUCAGAUGGCUCGAAUCUUCAGAGACGUGUUUGGAAACAAGCUGCUGACUGAACCUGUGGAGCUCAUGGCUGAGCAGCUGCCCUCCCCCACGCAGCUGAAGGGCAAGAUCAUCAUCAAGCACAAGAAGCUGAAUGUGGAGGGAGGAGGAGAAUUCACCAAGGACCUGAGGAAGGGUCAGAAACAGGGAGACCUGGAGAUCUGGGAUCCUGUGGAUGAGCGGUGGAAGAAGCACUACUGCGUGAUCAUGGACGAUAAACUGUACUACGCCGAGGAAGAGGAGGAGCAGGAAGAAGAUUCCAAAAAAUACCAGGACCUGCACUGUUCUGAGCCCUGGUUCCACACUGGAAUGAAGGACGUCAGAGUGACAGCGGAACGACUGAUUCAGAACUACUGCGCAGACGUUGGCGGAGUCGAUGGAACCUUCCUGGUCCGGGAGAGUGAGACCCACGUCAGCGAGUCCUCCCUGUCCUUCUGGCACCGUGGGCGGGUCCAACACUGUCGUAUCCGUUCUGGCUCAGACGGGGGGCGUCCGUACUUCUACCUGACUCCAAACCUGCACUUCCCCAACAUCUACUCUCUGAUCAGUCACUACAGAGAAAACCCACUGCGCUGUCAGGACUUCGAGCUGCGGCUCACGGUCGGCGUCCCACAGCCCAACAUCCACCUGAAGGAAAGGUGGUUCUACAGUAACCUGACCAGAGGUCAGGCGGAGGAUUACCUGCUGAGGAUUCCCAGAGACGGAGCGUUCCUGAUCCGACAGAGGGAAGGAGAACCAGACUCCUUCGCCAUCACAUUCAGAGGUGAUGGUAAAGUCAAACACUGCCGGAUCAAGAAGGAGGGCAACAUGUACCUGCUGGGCACCACCACAGAGUUCCAGAGUCUGGUGGAGCUGGUCAACUACUUCAAGACUAAACCUCUGUACCGCAAGAUCAAGCUGCGUUACCCCGUCACCCCCGAGCUGGUGGAGCGCUUCAGCACCGAGACGGACUGCGCCAGUCUGUACGAGAUGAAGACGUACGUGGACCCAAACGAGAUUGAGCCGCCUCUGCCUCAGAGAACAGUCAGAGCUCUGUACAGUUAUCAGGCCGCACAGUCAGACGAGCUGAGCUUCACCAAAGGAGCUUUGAUUCACAACGUAACCAAGGACAACAGCCCCUGGUGGAGAGGAGACCAUGGAGGAAAGAUUCAGCUGCUGUUUCCGUCAAAUCACGUGGAGGACAUUUGUAGCAGCAGCAGCAGCAGCAGCAGCAGCGAGACAAGAGCAGAGGACAUGGAGGACAAUCCUCUGGGUGAGCUGUGUAAGGGGAUCGUGGACAUCUCCAGGUGCAACAUCCAGAACUUGACGAACGGUAAAAACGGGAAGCCCCACGUGUUUACCCUCCAGGACGUCCAGCAGAACAGUGUCCAGUUUGACGUGGCGGCAGCUUCAGUGGAGGAACUGUUUGAAUGGUACCAGGUGGCCUGGGUCAUCACUCAGAGGGAGAUGAGCAAACAGUACCACAGGCAGUUUGAGAUGAAGCAGCAGGUGGAGGUGGAGAAGAAGAACGAGGUCGCCCGGGAGAUGUCCGACCUGGUGGUCUACUGUCAGCCGCGCAGCAAAGAGAAGGACCGCUUCGACACGUUCAGCUACAAAGAAGUCCGCUCCUUUGUUGAAAACAAGAUUCCAGGAAAAUGUCGAACCAAGGAUUUCAUCCGCUACAACCGCAAGGCCCUGAGCCGCAUUUACCCUAAAGCCCAGAGGAUGGAGUCGUCCAACUACGACCCGUAUCCAUUGUGGGCUGUCGGGUGUCAUAUGGUGGCUUUGAACUAUCAGACUGCAGAUAAAUAUACUCCGCUAAACAGCGCCCUCUUCAGUCUAAAUGGACGGUCAGGCUACAUCCUGCAGCCGGACUUCAUGCGCAGCGACAGCUACGACCCUCAGCAGGAGAAGAGCAAGGUCAAGUUCAACAUCGUCCUCAGGGUCUUAGCAGCCAGACAUCUCCCCAAACCUGGACGCAGCAUCGCCAGUCCCUUUGUGGAGGUAGAACUGUUUGGACACACGGAGGAGAAGUUCAAGACCCUGGUUCACCAUGAUAAUGGUCUCAACCCUCUGUGGAAGUCUCCCUCCGAGCCUCUGGUCUUAAGUGUUUAUGAACCUGAACUCACAUUUCUGCGCUUUGUGGUCAACGAGGAGGACAUGUUCUCUGAACCCAAUUUCCUGGCCCAGGCCACGUUUCCUGUCAAAGGACUUCGCACAGGUUAUCGCUCUGUUCCACUGACCAACGACUACAGUGAAGAUCUGGAGUUGGCUUCGCUGCUGAUUUAUAUCAACAUACAACAGACAGGGGAGGUUCAGGAGGAGCUGUACUCGUCCUACAGUCAGCUGAGGAAGAAACAGUCCGACGUCUGUGUAGACGCACUGUACGACACACACGCCAACAUACAGCGGUCCACCGUCCCGCGCCAGCAUAACCAUCUGAGCCGAGAGUUCAACACCAGCGGAAAACACCGCUACAGCCACAGGAAGUGAGGGGCGGGGCUAGAGUGGACACUCCCAGGGGGCGGGGCUAGAGUGGUUUACGGUAGAAUGUUUUCGUAGUUUCUGAGCUUCUUCUCAUUCUGUGAAAAAAUGUUCAACACAUUUAGAAGAUUUUAGGUAUUUAAUGUGAAAAUAGGUGUCGCUUAUGUUUUCAUUCCUCUGUGAAAAAAAUGAAUAAAACAAGAAAAAAACCUACUGAAAA